CGUCUGCAAGCCUACUGUCGACGACGACGGCCAGUGUGUAGCAGGUUUUUUUUAAUUUUAAUUUUUUUAUUAUUAUUAUUUUAAAUUUUAUUAUCAUCGUCAUCGUCGUCUUCGUUGUUUUAGUUGUUAUUGUAGCUGUUGUUAUAAUUGUCGUUUUUCUAUUAUUAUUAUUACUACUGUUAAUUUUAUUAUCAUUAUCGUCAUCGUUAUACCACUGUAUUAUCAUAAUUCGGUCGGCCGACGACAAGCACCUGACCACUGCUGCAAGUUUUUGUCGUCGUCGUCAUUAUUUCGUAUUUGUUUUUAUUUUUUAAAUAAUUCUUUUGUCCGUUCUGUGUAUUCGCGUUCGCCCAUAAAUCGUACACGUUAUCGUAAUAUACAACCCGUAAAAUAAUAUUUUAUUGUCGUGUCACCGUUUUCUGCUGCCGUUUUACGAGUGCUCGGAAUAUCGUCGACAAAACUGACUGUAGACCGAUAUGUUGGUGCGGUCGCGUCCCGAAAUGGAUUGCGAUGGAUGUGUGCGGGCGCACCGUGCACCGUCGUCAGCGCGGCACUGAGACAAAAGGUCCAACGACGAUUGCCAGACGAAUGGACGGAAAAAGAUUGACGGUUGACGGUCCGGUGUCCGGUUGAUGGCCGCGGAACGCAAUGCGGGCACCGGAUUCGAAAACAACAGCUGCGGCGGCCCGCGGCUGCCACCAAUCGGUGCGGCGGUGCGGUGGACGGCCGCGGCCGCCGCGGCCGCCGCACAACCGGACAGUCAGAAGGAGAUCAGGUUCCCGGUCACAAAGCAGCCACCACCGUCCGCGCCGGCGCAGGCGCAGGAGCUGUACCGGCGGUUGCACAGCAGAUCGCUGUCGUCGCUGCCUCCCGAGCCGUUCAUGAUAAUGCGGUCGAAGGCCCUCAACCGAAGAGUGUGCAUAAACGUGGGCGGCGUCAAGCACGAAAUACUAUGGCGGACCCUGGAGCGGUUACCGCAUACCAGGUUGGGUCGGUUGAGGGACUGCAACACGCAUGAGGCAAUAUCCGAGCUGUGCGACGACUACUCGUUGGCCGACAACGAGUACUUUUUUGACAGGCACCCAAAAUCUUUCAGCUCGGUGUUAAACUUCUACAGAACCGGCAAGUUGCACCUGGUUGACGAAAUGUGCGUGCUGGCAUUCAGCGACGAUCUGGAGUACUGGGGCGUCGACGAAUUGUACUUGGAGUCGUGUUGCCAGCACAAGUACCACCAGCGUAAGGAACACGUGCACGAGGAAAUGCGCAAAGAGGCAGAGUCUCUGCGGCAGCGCGACGAGGAAGAGUUUGGCGAGGGAAAGUGCGCGCAUUACCAGAAGAUCCUGUGGGACCUGCUCGAGAAGCCCACCACCAGCAUUGCGGCAAGGGUGAUAGCAGUGAUUUCGAUACUGUUCAUCAUUAUGUCAACGGUGGCACUGACGCUGAAUACGAUACCAUCGCUGCAAGUGGAGACGAAGGGUGUGAUCCAGGACAAUCCGGUUUUUACCAUGGUGGAGGUGGUGUGUAUCACGUGGUUCACGCUCGAAUACCUGCUCCGGUUCAGCGCGUCGCCCAACAAGUGGAAGUUUUUCAAAGGAGGCCUGAACGUGAUCGAUCUGCUGGCCAUACUUCCAUACUUUGUGUCGCUGAUAUUGGUGGCCGAGACGGACCAGACGAACACGCACCAGUUCGAAGACGUGCGCCGCGUCAUACAAAUAUUCCGUAUCAUGCGCAUACUCCGCAUACUCAAGCUGGCCCGGCACUCGACCGGUCUGCAGAGCCUCGGGUUCACGUUGCGCAACUCAUACAAGGAGCUGGGCCUGCUCAUGUUAUUUCUGGCCAUGGGUGUGCUGAUAUUCUCUAGCUUGGCGUACUUUGCCGAGAAGGAGGAGCCCAACACCAAGUUCUUGUCCAUACCCGAAACGUUUUGGUGGGCCGGCAUCACCAUGACCACUGUCGGUUACGGCGACAUAUAUCCGACCACGGCCCUGGGAAAGGUUAUCGGUGGCGUCUGUUGUGUCUGCGGCGUGCUGGUCGUUGCGCUGCCCAUUCCGAUUAUCGUCAACAAUUUUGCCGAGUUCUAUAAAAACCAAAUGCGACGAGAAAAGGCGCUCAAGCGGCGCGAAGCGUUGGAGCGCGCCAAACGCGAAGGAAGUAUCGUGUCCUUCCACCACGUCAACCUCCGGGACGCGUUUGCAAAGAGUAUGGACCUGAUCGACGUGAUCGUCGACAACGAGAGCGACAUUCCGAAGCUGUCCAAACAGAAUUCGCUAAGAUCACACGUGGACAGCAAUUAUUCGCAGAACGACGGGGCGAGUAGCGGCAGCGAGACGGUUCCGUUAAACCCAACACCAGCGCGGGGUGCCACAACCGCUAAACCAGAACACCAAACACUGUUGGACAUCGAUAAUCCAGAACAAAAUGCCAAUUCGUUUGGAAAACCUUUUGAGAGCUCGGGGAAUAUGACCGUGAGUUGUUUUAACGAAAAAUUAGACGAAAAUUUCAAUGAGUUCGAAUGUUGCUCUUGUAGACAAAAGGAGGUUAAGGAGUACUUGGACGCCGAACACCUGACACCAUAUCCAACCAGUGAUCUACGGACGCCGCUCAGCGUGGAGAUGAGAACGCUCAAAGAGGCCGACGGGUCAUCAUCAGGUGGCGGCCAAUGGCGUUCGCGCAACGAAGUGGGCAGCGUUGAUAGCUCAGACACGUACAUCAGCUGCAAGUCACAACCGUUCCAUUCACAAGGUGACUUGACAGCCGACGACCUGCACGACACCGUUUUCGAGCAGGUCAGUCACGUCCCGGCCAGUGGCGUCACCACUGCCGGUAAGGGCAGUGACAGCGGCGGAGUUGGCAUCAACGACUCCAACCUGUACGUAAACCCGCUAGAGAGUACUGGUGGCAAAGGAGGCAAAGGGGGCCCGCCCCGGAGCUUGGGCACGUCGCCGAUGGACGAGUGCAAAGAGUUCUCAGGCAGGACUGCGGCAGUCGGCAGUCGUGGUAGCCUUAACGAAACGGCAAAACAACGAAAGACAAGAUUUUCGCAACAAUCAAACAUUGGAGAAAGUUUAUUUGGCCGAUCGUCUCAAGAAAGUUUGGAUGGCGCACGGAAACGACGACCUUCGUUCGGGUUGUCGUCCAAAACAUUGACUAAUGCUACAAGAAUAAUCAAUCAACAUUUGUUCGGGUUACCACUAAUAUCUAAUAAAACAGGGAAAAGCGGUAAAUCCUCAUCCUCGGUGUCAGCUGAAUCGAUAAACCGUUCUCCGGAACCGCAUCGGAGGUCAAAGUCGAUACUGAAACGGCACCAGAACCAAGGGUCAUUGCAGGCGACUCAAGACUCUUUAUCCGGUAACCACGCAAGAAUAGGCAUCCGGCGGACAGCACAUGUGGACCCAGAAACAGAAAAGCUCAUACCAGACAAUCUAUCGGACUGUUCGCCGGGCAAGAGUCCUAUGUCUCCACAGCAGCAGCAGCAGCAGCAACAGCAACAGCAGCAGCAUCAACAGCAACAGCAGCAGCAUCAACCACCUCAACAGCAGCCAUCACCACUGCCGCUACCGUUGCCACUUCCGCAACCUGUACAUCCACAACCGUCACGACACAAUAACAACCCCCAUCACCACCAGCAGCAACAGCAACAGCAUCAAAACCACCACCGCCACAACAACCACCAUCUCAACAACAACAACGGCCGGAAUACCAGCAGCGGCGGCGGAAGAGCACCGGUCGAAGUGGCGCUGUUGCAGGAUCUUCUUGAGGACUCUGGGGGGCCGAUAUUUAUAUGUCCACCACCGCCGCCCAUGAACGACAACACCGACAAGAGGUACUCGUAGCCGUCGCACUACGUGGUACAUGUAUACGUAUAUUAUAUGAUAUAUAUAUAUUAUAUUUGUGAAAUCGUUUAUUACCACUCGCAAACAAAAUUCGCAGACACACUCGCAUAGAAUAUGAUAUUAUUAUAAUACGAAGACAAUAAUAAUAAUAACAAUAAUAUAAUAAAUAUAAUAUAAUAAAAUAUACACCUAAAACUCGCUCGCCAUUUAGCUACUUAUAAGUAGUGUACUAGUAAUAUUAUGUAUAUUUUAUUAUAUUAUGAAUUAUGAUAUAAUAUAAUAUAUGUGUACAGUCAUCAAGUGCCGCUGCUAUUGCAGUGAAACGACCAUAAAUUGUUACACAACGUGUAAUUAUAUUAGCCAACGAAUAACAAGAACGCUACCGCUCGUUCUGGCUGAGGUACCUCCAAUAAUAUAGUGAUUAAGCCUUUGGACGGCAUUUAAAAUACAUUUUACGUACAAUAUAUAAUAUAUGUAAUAAUAAUAUGUAUACGACCCCAAGAAC